AACAAGGACUUACAAGUUUCACAUGGCACUUCCUCCUACUUUCAAGUUUCAUAGUAUCACUACUCUCUUCUUCAUUCCCAGAAAAAAAAAAUUCACACUGGAAGCUUCUUCCCCUCUCUCGAAUUGCACUUUCAGGUAAAUACUCUGAAUGGUCUCGCCUGAGGCAUCGCAUUUCCAAUCAUCUCCGAUGGCAAAAUACGCCGGAGCAAGAACCAGACCAUUCAUCUGUUACAACGACGUCGUUCUCUUCCUCGGCGGAGCUUUUAUGUCUCUCAUCCUCGUCUGGUCUUUCUUCUCCUUCUCGAACUCCCCAAACCUCACCUUCUCAAUCUCAGCCGACAAAACCGACGAGUCCACCAAAUGCACCCGCGGAAUCGAUAUGCGGUACGAUCCAACCGACCCGGUUUUCUACGACGACCCGGAUCUAUCCUACACAAUCGAAAAACCGGUUAAGAACUGGGACGAGAAGCGCAAACGUUGGUUAGAGCUACACCCCUCCUUCAUCCCCGGUUCCGAGAACCGGACGGUUAUGAUAACCGGUUCGCAAUCCGGUCCGUGUAAAAACCCGAUCGGAGACCAUCUGCUGCUCCGGUUCUUCAAGAACAAAGUCGACUACUGCCGAAUCCACGGCCACGACAUCUUCUACAGCAACGCGCUUCUCCACCCGAAGAUGAGAUCGUUCUGGGCGAAGCUCCCGGCGGUUAAGGCGGCGAUGAUCGCUCACCCGGAGGCGGAGUGGAUCUGGUGGGUCGAUUCCGACGCUCUCUUCACCGACAUGGAUUUCUCUCCGCCGUUUCACCGUUACCGGAGCUAUAAUCUCGUCGUUCACGGCUGGCCUGGACUUGUUUACGAUGAUCGGAGCUGGACGGCGCUAAACGCCGGCGUUUUUCUUAUUAGAAACUGUCAGUGGUCGAUGGAGCUUAUCGACACGUGGACGAGCAUGGGCCCGGUGAGUCCUGAUUAUGUUAAGUGGGGGGAGAUCCAACGGUCGAUAUUUAAAGAUAAGCUGUUUCCGGAAUCGGACGAUCAGACGGCUCUUAUCUAUCUGCUGUUUAAACACAAGGAGGAGUAUUAUCCCAAGAUAUACCUCGAAGGGGAUUAUUAUUUCGAAGGGUAUUGGUUAGAGAUCGUACCGGGUUUAGCCAACAUAACCGAGAGGUACCUCGAGAUGGAGCGGGAGGACGCCACGUUGCGGAGGAGACACGCGGAGAAAGUGAGUGAGCGAUACGGUGCGUUUCGAGAGGAGAGGUUUCUCCGUGGAGAAAGUGGCGGGAAAGGGAGUAGGCGGAGACCGUUCAUCACGCAUUUCACGGGGUGUCAGCCUUGUAAUGGGGACCACAAUAAGAUGUACGAUGGUGACACGUGCUGGAAUAGCAUGAUCAAAGCCAUUAAUUUUGCUGACAAUCAAGUGAUGCGUAGGUAUGGGUUCGUACACUCGGAUCUAGGGAAGACGUCUCCUCUUCAACCUGUACCGUUUGAUUAUCCUGAUGAGCCCUGGUGAUUUUUUUUAAAUGAAAUUUUAUCCCUAUGUGGCUCUUGUUGUGUGUUUUAAUUUUGUUUUUGAACUCUUUAGAUGGUGGUUUUAUAAUUUUAUAUGAGUUUACUAUUAUAAUAUAUGAUUUGGGAAUC